GUCAAGAAUCGUUAUCUAUCACACGUGUUACAAAAUUGUAAAUCUAACUGUUUAUUCAUACGCGAUCACACAGCCAUAAUUAAUACAGUAAUGCAGUGCUUACACAGCUGUGAAAACUGAGCUCAUGGCACAAAGCGAUUGGCUUUUUUAUCAGUCCAAUAGCAUUUUACCACUUAUACCGAAAAGAAUAUGACCAAGAAGGCCUUACAUUUUCAGACAUAUUGUUAAGAAGUUUAGUUUAGCUUUCUGCAGCGACAAAAACUUCAAAACCAGCUACAAUAUCCACCCACUUGUCUCCCGGCCUUAAAACCAGUACAGUGGGCAUUUUUACCAUGGUGUUAUUGUGCACGAUAGCACUUGUACUUCAGUUAAGUUUUAAUUUACUGGUUUUUGCGGAAGUUCAUCCUCACAAAGACGACUUUCAUAAACACGAGCAUUUUGGCGCAAACCAACAACACGACGUACGAUACGAUCACGAAGCUUUCCUCGGUCCCGAUGCCGAGAAAUUCGAGAAACUGACGCCCGAAGAAUCUAAACGAAGGCUUAAAACUAUUGUCACGAAGCUGAUCGACACCAACAGAGACGGCCUAGUUUCGCCCGAUGAGCUGUCGAUAUGGAUUGAAAAGCAAAGGAAGGCUUUUAUGUACGAAGAUGUGGAUAAAAGAAUCGCGAAGGAAGACACAGAUGGCGAUGGUGAGAUUACAUGGCUUGAGUAUGCUAAAUCGGAAUACGGAGAAUGGUACGAUCCCGAGAGACUUCCAAAAGACCACGUAAGUUUACAGAUGCAGUCCCUUUAAACCUGUUGAAAAUAAACGAAUCGCUCUUUCAAAGCGAAUUCUCAGUGUUUUCCAUGCUUAGUUAACAAUUUAAUAUUAUAUGAUCAACCUUAGUAUGAACCUUUCAGAAGGUUACAAUACCGUAAGAAGGUAUGAUUACCUAUAAUUUCAGGGGCUUUUAACCUCAAAAGUAAGUAAAGUUAUUCCGCACGUUUAAGUAUCUAUAUCAUCACUAAUCGGUCUUCUUUUAUUGUUCAGUUGAAUGGCUACUUCAUGAAGUGAUAUUCUUAAAAAUGUAAUGAAAUAUUUUUAAGUUCAGGAAAGUCUGCUUUUUGUUAGUUAAUUGAUAUAAAAAGACACGCGUUUACUUAAGAAAAUGUUUUAAAAACAGCUUUUAUAUGAAAUAAAUCGAGUGUGAUGAAAGGAAAUUUCAAGCAAUAGACACAAGUAAAAAAAUCCUGAUUAUAACUGAAAACAGGUGUAACAAUAACACAGUAAUAAAACAUAAAGAAAUAAUGCAAAACUUUGGACUCGGAGCAGCUAGGAAAUCAAAUUAAUCAUUUCAGCAGCUUUUACUUUCAAUUGACUGAUUUGAGGUUCGUCUUUUACUAACGAUAUGCUGUGAUUAAACGAGCGUGGAAAAACAAAUUAAGUCGAAUUAAAGAAAUCAAUUUUACGAUCCCCAUAGACACUCAUAAACAUUAAAAUACCCAGACUUAUCAGAAAACUGAGUAUAAAAGCUUUAAACAUUUCCACAAGAUUUGAACCAAUGAUUUACGUUGCCGGUACGACACUUUACCAGCAUCUUAAAUUCAUUAACUGAUUAUCAUUUACGGCGCAAGAUUUGAAACACUGGGAGAGUUUAAGCAGCGACGUUUUCGAGCGACGCGCGUCAACCGGAAGUGGAGUUUUUGCACUAUUCGGGGGGGACUUUGAACAACGUCUUGGAAAAAUCGUCUCUUUAAGAGUAAAGACACUUAGCAAUACAAAUUUGGUAGCGUCAUGGCAUAUUAGAAGAGAAAAAGGCUCACUUCCGGUCGACGUGCGUCGUUUAAAAACGUCGCUGAUGGUGCCAGAGACUUUCCAUGCGCAGUUUCCGGUUUCGGCUUCGCCGCUGGUGGGUUCGGCCGUUCGCCGAAGAUGUGACGGCCUGCGUAUGCCGCCGGGCCAAUCCGGAAGCAGGCCGGUCACACGCGUUACGUGAGCUAAAACCGAACCCAAGGUAAAGAUUUGACAGAGAACAGAAAAUUCAAUAUUGUCAUUUUGUCUUUCAUUCAGAGUUUACGCCGACAAAUCCGUAAAAAGCAGUACAAGUUCGGCAUGGCAGACGCAGACAAAAACGGCAAGAUGAACCGAGAUGAAUACGUGGACUUCGAACAUCCAGAGGAAAACAAGAGGAUGGAAGAAAUUGCUUUAGAUGAAGUUAUAGAAGAUGUCGAUGAAAAUGGAGACGGGUAAGAUAGAUGUCCAGAAAUUUUCUUUUACAUAAAUUUGAUGUCAAACAAGAUAAAAGUAUUGAUCACAAUGAUCGACAUAUUCUCGGAUCGUAGUUGCAAAACGUUGAAUCUUCGGAAGACUUCGGAUAGAAAUCUUCUCAAACACAUGUAGGUGUCUACUAUUCGAAAAUCAUUCAGAUCAUUCCCGCAACUAACAAGUAUUUUAAAUCACGUGAAUAGCCUAAGAGUAAGCAAAAAAAUCCUUUAGAAGACUUCUAAUAAUAGGCCAUUGGCCAUCUCCAAGUUCAAAAACCCUCGCCUUUAAAAUGAGGCCAAAUUCAAAACCUUUCUUGUGUAAUCUUGUGAUAUGACCAGUACCUUACGCAUGCGUACAACUACAUCACUCCGACAUGUGGCAUAAUGGCCUAUUUCCAUUGCGGAAAAGCUCAAUUACAAUGAAUUAUCUUCUGUUAAUAUCACUAACUGAUGUUUCAGUCAGAGCUAUUUUCGUUUGAAGCAUGAAUACAACGAUCAACGCAACUAAUCUACUUAACAUGGUAACUUAUAUAUCAACUCGAAAACGCCUCCUUGUGCAUUUUAACUAUUAAAAACAAUGCAUAUGUUCAUUCUACAGGGUGAUAAGCGUUGCUGAAUUCCUCGGCCAGUACCACGAUGCCACGAACCCACCAUCCUGGGUGACACGUCAGCGUGAAGAAUUCCACAAAAAAUUCGACUUAAACAAAGAUGGCAAGAUGGACCGAGAGGAAGCGAGAGCCUGGGUACUACCCGAAAGAGAUGACUCGCACGAUGAAACAGCACAUUUGAUGGACGGAACAGACGAGAAUGCAGACGGCUUUCUAUCUGUGGAUGAAAUACUACUUCACUGGAAUCUAUUUGUUGGAAGCCUGGCUACCGAUCACGGUCAAACCUUAAAGAAAGUGAAGCCGCAUGAGGAAUUGUAG